GGGCGGGGGGCGGCGGCACCGAGAGCAGGGGAAGCCCUUGGCCUUAGGAAGGGCCGCCCCAGGCGGGCGGGACAGCGGGGGAGCCCUGCUGGCCUGCCCGGGAACGGGGGUCGCUCCCCGGGCGUGGAAGGGUCGGCGGGUGACGGGGGAGCCUCCAUCUGAGCGGGACAGCCUUGAAGCGUUCCUGGUUCCACUAAUGCCUGGCAGAGCUCUGGCUCCCAGUCCCCUAUGAGUUCAUCACUGCUGCAUUCUGCUUCGCCCCAGGCAUUUAGCCCCGAUCGCAAGAACAGCAUCAUUAGGAGGCAGAGACAGGAACUCAAGCUUUUAAUUGCAGAACUCAAGGAUCGUGACAGGGAGCUCAAUGACAUGGUGGCAGUGCAUGAGAGACACAUUCAGGCCUGGGAAGAUGAUCGCCAAAAAAUACUGAGUUUAGCAGAACGAUGCAGCUUGUUAACUAGUGAGCUGAAUGAAAGAAAUGCAAUUAUAAAAUCACUGACCAAAAGGUUAAAGUUAUUAGAAUCCCAGCAUAAUGAUAGUAAGAUAACACUUGAAAGCACACAACAGAAGUUUAAAGAGCUCACUCAAAAAGUAACAGAUUCAUCUGUUCACUGCCAGGCUCUGGAGGAGAAAAAUCAGUCUCUCCACUGCUCAGUUUUGGAACUGUCUGCUAAAACAGGCCAGCUGCAAGCAAGGGAACAGGAGCUUCUCACGAUGCUUCAGCUGAAGGACAAGGCCUUAAUUGAAACAACUGAUCAGAUUACUGAGGUUGCAUCUAAAUUUAAAACACUGGAGAAUGCAUUGCGUGCAGCAAAGUUGGAGGAAUUCAGUCGCAACAGAGAGCAGCAAGACCUCAAGCUGACACUGAAUGAUGUUGUGUUUCAAGUAAAUAAGAUGAAAGAUGUCCUCUCUGAGAAGAUGAAAGAAAGCAGCAAGCACCAGGAAGAAAUCAGUCACCUGAAACAUGAAAAUGGCUGCUUGAGGAGUGAGCUGAUACUGGCAGUGGAGGAGGCACAGAGAAAGGAUCAACUUUAUCAGUUUACCAAGUCUAAGCAAGUGCGGAUUGAAAAAGAAUUGUCCAGUUUGCGACAGGUCUGUGUAAAACAGCAGAGGGACUUACACUUCCUUCAGGUCAACUUGGAUAGCUCUCAGGAGUCCAUGCAAAAGCUUGAAAAGGCAGCAGGUGAAAGGAGCACAGGGGCCACAGUCGCUGCCUCUGAGAGCCCCAGCAAGACAGACAAGGGUAGGACUGAGGACAGCCACAGGAUGUUCGAGGAGUGUGGAACUGCACCAGUUUCAGCAAGUAGGGUAAAACCCACCCCUGAGAUGUGUGAAGUAGAUCACAGACAGUUACUGAAUGCUUCAGACUUGGAGGAAACUACCUCAGCAUUCUUAAACCAGUGUCAAAAAGCUGAGAAAGGCUUGGCCGUCCCUGCGGAAGAAGGAGAAAAGCAGGAUGUUGCAUCAAGCUUUGAUGAGCUAGACAGUGAAAAAUGUCGUGAGGCAAACAACACAAGGCCAUUGAGAAACAGGGAAAUUGCAGAGAAUGGAGUGAAAAGCAGAGAGAGAAAAUCCUUUGAGGUGUGUUUGCCUUCAUAUGAUCAUUGGCUUAACAUCAAAUCUCGUCUAGAUUUGCAAAGCACUUUGAUCCAGAACAACAUCACAUCUGACAAAACUGAUAAUGAAGAGAGAUCUGACUUUCAGUCUGGCCAGAAAAGCAGAGAGUCUCCUGUGACUUGCAAGUCUGAAUCUGAUUCCAGUAUUAAUAACUUCGCCGUAAAUAAAGAACGGUGGAAGCCACUAUCAGAUCUGGAAUGGCUGGAGAUUUUCAAACCCAAAAAGAAAGAUGGAAAUACCUGCCAUGGAAAAGAGCAGAGCUGUUUCAAGACUGCACAAGAGAUGAAAUGUACCUGCUCAAAAAGUGAAGAAAACCUGGAUAUGAAUUCCCUCCACUUGGCUUCCCUCUCAACAUCCACUCAGAAGAGCAACAUGACUCAAAAUUCUGGUGAAGAUUCCCCUCUGGACAUCAGUGACCUAGCAGUGCCUAAACCAACAAACAGAUACUUCAUGAACACAGACACCAGUUCCCUGUUCUGGAAGCUGGAGCGCUCACUGGCCCAGUCCCGACAGAUGCUGGCUGAUCUGGAGCUCAGCCUCCUACACACAGGCCCUUCCAACAUUCCCAACACCAACAACAUGAAUAAGAGGAAGAAGUUGUUUCCAUCACAGAGGUAAUUCUGAGGACCGAAGAUCAUCGACCCGGCAGCUCCAAUGGAAAGUUACCUCAUUUUUUUCUGUGGUCCUCUUGAAUGUUUGAAAGACUCACAAGUGGCAAGAAGAUGUGACUCUGUAGGAAUGUAUUUUAUCUUGAAAUAAAACAGAAUUAUGCCAAGAUUAACAAAGCUAUUUUUAUAGCUGAGAGCACAGGUUAAACACUAGCUUGUUUUUUAAGGAUCUGAAGUGUGUAAUUGUUACAACAUAGGAACUAUUUUUCUUUUUAUUUUUUUUUAUGGCGGCUCAGAAAUAUUUAUAGAGUAUGACACAGCCGAGCAUUCUCCUUUUUUUUUUAGCAUAUUGUUUUUGUUCUGGAUUUCUUGCCUUGUAGAGAGAGAUGAAUAAUGUUUAUAGGAAGUUCCCAAUUAGUGUUCUAAGCAGGAACUGCCUCCAAUGUUGCUGAAAUGGGAGAGCUGUCACCCACAAGAUGGGCAGAACAACUUUGCACACUCAGGAGCUGGUUCUUCCAACAAAAGUUUAUGGGAUCAGGUGUGUUUGCACUGUAGAGGUAGCCAAGUAUGAUGUGACCUUUUCUUAGCAUUUAAACUGGAUUUAUCUUUGCUGAUUGGGCAAGAUGUCCUGUUGCCACAAUUUUAACUUAUUUUUUAACUAAGAAAUGAAAUAAGCUAAUAAAGGUGAUACUUUGCUGUGUCUCUCUUGCCUAUUUAACACAUUUAGCACUUGAUUUCUGACACUUUUCAGCACAGACAGGAGUGGGCUGCCCAGUCCUGUGUAGGUUGGGAGCACUUUGGGAUACCAGUGCCCCUCCCACAGCCCUGUGCCAGCGUUUUUCCUGCUCAGGGUGGGAGUUUCUGCUCCAUCCACUGCCACCAAUUAUUGCAGAGGAGAACAAUACUCAGUGGAUUCCCCUUAUUAACUCUUUAAUUUCAUUUUCUGUUUUCUCUUUAAUUACUCCAGUGACAGCUUUUCCUGCAGGUAUUAAUGGCCCAGAAUUAGGUGGCCAAUUCUGAUGAGAGGUGCUGUUCUCCAGAAUCUUUCCCUGCUUGCUCGCCAGCGUUACCCACACAUGGAAGCUCAGCUGCUCCAGCUCUUUCCAGGUUUCCUCAAGCCUCUACAGUGCAUUUAUUCCUCUACCUGCACAGAACCUUCUCAGGCUCCAUCCUCACAAACUCCUGCUCUGGGUAUAACAAGAAUCCCCCCUAAAAAACCAAUGAUAACAAUUCCAUGAUGCUCACCCUGAAGCUGUGCAGCAGCUACACAGAGACAUCGGUGCAACCUCCAAGCAGCAGCUAUAUUUAAAUGUGUUUCAGGUUAUUGGAUGAACUCACUGAGUUUAAAUCCCUUGAGAGUUUAAAAUGAUGACUUUAAGAUCAAUAUAGAAAACUGAGCUCAAGCGAUUGAGGAUCUCAAUUGGGGAUCUGCAGAGCCUUAGGAUUUUGUGUCGGGC